AUGGGCUCCCUGACAACUCCUGAAUAUGAUGCUAUCAUCGUUGGUGGUGGCUUCGCUGGUUGUUACACCCUCGACCGACUCCGCAAGGCUGGUUUCAAGACCCUGGUCAUCGACGACGCAGCGAACCUAGGCGGUGUCUGGUACUGGAAUUGCUAUGCUGGAGCCCGUGUCGAUACAUCUGUCCCUCUCUACGAAUUCUCUGACGAGGAGAUCUGGAGGCCAUGGACCUGGUCCGAGAGAUAUCCGGGAAGGGAUGAAAUUCGCAACUACUUCGACCACGUUGAGUCCAAACUCCAUCUCAAAAAGGACUUUUUGUUCAACAAACUCGUCGUCAGUGCCGAAUUCGAUGAGGGCGGAAACCACUGGAGCAUUGUCACCGGUGACAAGUCUGUCUUGACCUCCCGGUUUUUCAUUCUCUGCACUGGCUUCGCUGCAAAACCCAACAUCCCAGACUUCAAGGGUCUAGAUUCUUUCGCCAGAAUAUCCUGUCACACCUCAAAGUGGCCUCAGGGGGGCAUUGACUUCAAGGGAAAACGCGUUGGCGUCGUUGGCAACGGUUCAAGUGGCCUUCAAGUCAUCCAGGAAUUUGCUUCUGAGGUCGACUACCUCACGGUCUUUCAACGCAGCCCGACCUACGCGCUUCCCAUGCGUCAGAAACAUUUGUCCGCCGAGGAUCAGCAGAAGGAGACCUACCGCCAGCUCUACGAGCUCCGCAAGAAAACCUUCGCGGGCCUCGAUUUUGAAUUCAAACCCCACGCUUGCGGCGAAUCUACAGCAGCAGAGCGCGAGGCGUUCUUCGAGGAGCUUUGGGCGAAGGGCGGCCUUUCCUUCUGGCUCGGCACGUACCAAGAUGUCAUCAGGGAUAAGGAGGCCAACCAGCACGCGUACGAGUUUUGGCGGAGCAAGGUAUUACAGAGGGUCCACAAGCCGGCGAUGCAACAGCUGCUAGCCCCAGAGAAGAAGCCUUAUUAUUUCGGAACUAAGCGGGCUACCCUUGAGCAGAGAUACUACGAAGUCUAUAAUCAGGACAACGUUGAACUCAUUGACGCCAAGGCGAACGCCAUCACUGAGGUCGUUCCGGACGGCAUUUUCACGGCAGACGGCAAGCUACACAAGCUUGAUGUUCUUGUCUUGGCUACAGGCUUCGACUCGGUGACUGGAGGUAUCCUGGCGAUCGAUAUUAAGGGCGAGAAUGGUCAGUCGCUGAGGAAGAAGUGGGCCAAGGGAACAACGGCGCACCUCGGUAUGACGACUGCCGGAUUUCCCAACGCACUGUUCGUCUACGGGCCACAAGGACCAACAUCGUUCUGCAACGGGCCUACUUGCGCUGAGCUUCAAGGAGACUGGAUUCGCGAUACGCUGGUGUACUUGCGGGAGCAUGGCAAGUGUUACAUAGACCCUCGCCCAGAGGCCGAGCAAGAAUGGCGCGAGCUGGUGAAUAACAUCGGAGAUGCAACCCUGUUGCCCCAAACCAAAUCCGAGUACAUGGGAACCAAUAUCCCAGGGAAGCCUAAGGAAACAGAAAUGCUCAACUUCUUGGGUGGGGUGGUUGAGUACACUCGUCGCAUCACUUCUUCGCUCAGCAAUGGCCUAGAGAAUUUUGUUGUCCGCCUGAACUUCUUCGGGCGUUUAACUGAGAUGCUGCUGCCCGAUGAGCGCAGCGAUGCCAGCAGCGAGAUGAAUAGCCAUGCUGGUGCCUGA